CUGGUGUUUCUCGGCCAUAGUUAUGCGCCAGAAACCGGUAAAUACUAUUGUCUGAGUACGAUAAUCUGGUGCCAUUGUUUAGGGUCGGCCAUAUUGAGUUCCCGUCCCCCGAGGCUCGGCUCUCAACACCUCUCCCUCGGCUCAGGGUAAUAUUGAAUCAUGGCCUGCGUGACCCUUAAACGCUCGCUGGAGUUUGACCCGCUGCACCACGGGAGCUGCACGCCGCGGCCCCACAAGCGGCGGCGCUGCGUCCCCAUGUGUGUGUCGCCCCAGAGUGCCGCCGCCGCCACCGCGCGCCACACCGAGGCACAAUCGCCCUUCUCCGAGGUCACUCCCACACUCACACCAGAACAAAUCGCCCAAAAUGUGAGGGAGGAGAUCCGCAGACUGAAGCGACGCAAGAUCCUCCAGUGUGGCGAGCGCAGCAUGGAGUGUGAGGGUGGCUACGACUCGCCUGCCUCGCCGCCCUCCCCGGCCUCACCUACCUCACCCCUGCCCUCGCCCUCCUCCUCGGCCAGCGCGGGGGGCGGCGUGGCAGCGCUGCACCACCACCACCAGUCCUCCGUCAGCAAAGACAAACCGCUCUUCACCUUCAGACAGGUUAAUCUGAUCUGUGAGCAACUAUUGCGUGAGCGAGAGACGAACAUCCGCGAGGAGUAUGACAAGGUGUUGGCCUCCAAGCUGGCCGAGCAGUAUGACUGCUUCGUCCGCUUCACCACCGACCAGAUACAGCAGAGACUCUCCCAAACAGCCCUUCCCAGCUAUCUCUCUUAGGAUGGAACUUUGCUGUUUUGCUAUGGACUAUGUGCCUUCGGAGGUACAAAGAAUGAAAAGUUGCUGGGAAAGUUUAUCCCCGAAAGUGUAAACUUUGUACAUAAGAACACACUCAUGCUGUAAAAGUGUUCAUGGAGCAAGUGUAAUUAAAGGUUGCCAGAUGAAAUGGAUAUAAAACUACAUCUCGAUAUUGUCAGUGAUUGUAAAGUGACGCCGCGUUUGGUAAGAUAACAGUGUGAACCGCCACUAUAUCCAUAUCAUGCAAGGCUGUAUGUCAGUACACUAGUCUUGGGAUAGCCAAGAUAGAGCCUCAAGACACUAAAACAUAAAAUAUAAAAGCCAAUAAAAAAGGAGCAAACUCUGCAAGUUAAGAGGGACAACAAUGGCAACCCCAAGUGGUGGCAGCUUUGGUGACAAGCGCAAGUUAACUUGUGGUGCUCAUAUUGACUCAUAUUGUGUGGCAUUCCUCAACUGUUGUGUGUACAUACCCUCUAACCCAUCAGUUGCCUUUCACACUUUUCUUGCUGUAAGUAGGUGCUUUGCAGAGUGAAACUUAGCAAACUAGAUAUGCCUGACAGUAACCUCAGGUAUCUCAAAGCCCUGUCUGCGAGAAAGGUUGUGAUUGCCUGUUCAGAGUUGAGCUAGUACAGGAAGACAGACAGACAGACAGUCAGCCUCUGCAGCAGCAGCAGCAGCAGCAGUCACAUUGCCUUCAUGUGAAUAUUACCUUAGGGUAGUGCUCCAUAUUGCCUUUUUGUUCUUCUCCUUUCUCUUUUGUGUUUGGCAUAAAUUUAUUUUUGACUUGCCUCUCUGAACUUGUAGUCCUAUACUUUAGAUUUGCUACUACUACUACUACUACAACUACUACUACUUAAUGUAGUUUUCCUAUCUUGGACACUUGUGUUAGGAAGGAGAUAUACCCCAGUGAUGUCUUCCUGCAUUAGUAUCUUGUAUAACGAGGAGCCCUCCCGUGCAGGCCCACCAUUAUUACUACUCCAUACAAACCAAUAUCACGCCUAUGCUGUUUUAUUAGAGAUCUGUUGUAUAAUUAUUUACUUAUGGGUGUUGUGUCUAAUGUGGGUAAUGUGUACUUUUAGGUAUAAUAAGGUGUUAGGUUCCAAGGAGAUUGUGGUCAAUCUGGCGGUGCAGGAGGUGAGUGCCUGCACAAAGCACGUGUGAGAGGCCGCAGUGUUAGUAGCAGUGCAUCUUGACGUGACGGAUUGGUUCAUCAUUUCAAUUUACAUCUAGAGUAGAGUAUAAGUUUUUUUAUGAGGUAUUGUGAGGCUUGUGCCAGUCUCUCUCUCUCUCUUUAUCUUGCAUAUUGUGCACAUAAAAACCGGUUUCCAUGUGCCGCAUAUAACACUGUCGACAGUUGCAAACGCACUGACUUCAUAAAAAUAAAUUGAUGUUUAAGUACAUUACCUUAUUGCAAGAGGCUUAGUUUCUCCUCACCACUUAUAUGUAUAAAUUUUCCUUCUACGAUUAUUAUUAUUAUUAUUAUUAUUAUUAUUAUUAUUAUUAUUAUUAUUAUUAUUAUUAUUAUUAUUAUUAUUAUUAAUCUCGACACUUGAAGACAUAGUUGUGAAUCAGCCAUGUCCUCCUCCCUCCCUCCCUUCCUUUCCCUCACUCCCUUCCCUUCCUUCCCUCCCUCCACCCUGUGUGUGUGUGUGUGUGUGUGUGUGUGUGUGUGCGCGUGUGUGUGUGUCACUGUCCUCACCCACACGCCUCUUUCCACGCUAGUUUACUCUUUUGGUGUACUUGGCAAGGGACCCAAAACAAGAGACUGACUCCAUUGGUCUUGUAGAUUUAACUUUAGUAUUCACGGCUUCAUUGUUUAUUUUCCUGUCUCCUUUAUUUUAUAGUUUCUACUUGCUGUUAUUAAGUUAGUUCAACUGACAUUGUUGCAUGAACUCUGAUAUAAGGAGCAAUUGUUUACUAUUUAUUUUCUUGUUCUCACUUUUUUACUGUACUUGUAUCAUGAAAUAUACUUGUUAAUGGGAAAAUACA